AUGUACCAGCACCCCGUCCAGUCGUUGCAAGACGUCGUCGGGUUCAGUGGCUUCAUCUCCCACGCGAUCCGACACCCCCUGGAUUUCCACAACAGCGUCGGUCCCACGCUCAACGAGCUCACCAAUGGCUUUCUGGGUUCAUCGUUCCGUCCAGAAAGCGACCUCCCUGAUCUAUCAGGAAAAGUCAUCUUUGUGACCGGUGGAAACACGGGCCUCGGAAAAGAGACAGUCCUUCAGCUCGCUCGACACCGUCCAGCACGCAUCUACCUCGCGGCAAGGACAGCGAACAAGGCACAAGAUGCGAUCGCAUCAAUCCAGAAGGCUCUCCCGCACCCCGUGGACAUCCGACACAUCCCGCUAGAUCUCGCGUCAUUCGCGUCCAUCCGCGCGGCAGCAAAGCAAUUCCUGUCGGAAUGCGACCGUCUCGACACUCUGAUCCUCAACGCAGGCAUCAUGGCGCACCCACCAUCCCUCACGGAAGAAGGGUACGAGAUCCAUCUCGGCACGAACCACAUCGGCCACUUUCUCCUCACGCAGCUGCUCCUCCCCACUCUCCGCAGGACCGCAUCCCGCCCCGACCCCGAGUCCCCGGACGUGCGAGUCGUCACACUAAGCUCGCUAGCGGGCAACAUGGCACCAUCAUACGAUGUCAUCACAUCCACCCCCGCGCUGCUCGCUCUCGGCUGGGGUUCGCGGUACGGGGCGUCCAAGGCGGCCAAUAUCCUCUUUGCUGCGGAGCUGGCUCGGCGGUGCCCCGAGAUUCUGUCGGUCUCUGUCCAUCCCGGUGCGGUGAUGACGGAUUUGUAUCAGCGGUCGAAAAAUGCGGGUUUCUUCUACGAGAUGGGCCUGUCCCUGGCAAUGAAGUUCUUUCGUAGUAUUCGCACUGGCGCCCUGACACAGAUUUGGGCUGCCGGGGCGCCGAGGGAGCAGCUGGUCAAUGGCGGAUACUAUGUUCCGAUCGCGGUCAAGGGAGUAUCACGCCUUCCGCGCUUCCAGGUAAUGCGCAAUCAGGAUGCGCAUGAAUACGCGGAGGCCUUCAAGACCGGCGGGAACCCGCCAUGGCUGCAUGGUCUGUACAUGCAUUGGAAGGAUCUGGCUCAGGAGCCUUUCAAGGGCGUGACCACUGACGGAAACGUCCGCCCAAACCUCUUCACACUUCAAGACGAGCAGAUCCCCAUUGAGUCCAUCGUCUCAGCAACAACACAUCUUCUUUCUCUGCUAUCACCAGAUCAGCAAAAAUCACUCAGCUACCACAUCGACUCGCCCGAAUGGCGCACCUGGUCGAACCCGGAGUUCCUCCUCAGCCACAAAGGCCUGCGACUUGACGAAGUCACUCCCGAAAUCCGCGACGCCAUUCUCGCCGUUCUCCAGGCCACCCUAUCACCAGAGGGCUACGACAAGGCCAUCAAAGCCAUGCGCAUCAACCACUUCCUCGGCGAGCUCGUCGAGUCCCCACGCGUCAUGAACGAGUACUCCUACAACUUCGUCCUCUUCGGCACCCCCUCAACAACCAGACCCUGGGGCUGGUCCUUCUACGGUCACCAUCUGUGUCUUAACAUCUUCCUGUACAAGAACCAGAUCGUCGCCUCGCCGUGGUUCACGGGCGCCGAGCCAAACGAGAUCGAUACAGGCCCCUACGCCGGAACGCGCAUCCUGCAAGUCGAGGAAGACCUCGGCCUGCAACUCAUGCAAUCGCUCGCUCCGCACCUGCAGCAGAAGGCCCAGACCUACAAGCUCAUGAAAGACCCCGCCAUGCCACCCGGCCGCUGGAACCGCGACGACCAGCGCCACGUCUGCGGUGCCUACCGCGAUAACCGCAUUGUGCCGAAUGAGGGUAUCCCCGUCUCGUUAUUCAGCGAGAGUCAGAAGGGGAUGCUCUACGAGAUUCUGAACCAGUAUCUUUUGUACUUACCGGGGUAUGCGCGCGCGUUGCGGAUCGCCCAUAUCAAGGAGUACGAGUCCGAGACGUAUUUCUCGUGGAUUGGCGGGUAUGAGGACAGUGAUCCGUUCUACUUCAGGAUCCAGUCGCCUGUUGUUCUGGUUGAGUUUGAUCACCAUUCGGGCGUGUUCUUGAAUAACGAGGAGCCGAAGAAGUUCCAUAUCCAUACGUUGCUGAGGACGCCGAAUGCGGGGGAUUAUGGGAUGGCGUUGAGGCCGCUUGUGCCGCCGAUUGAGGACGCCAAUGGGAAGGAGAUUGUCUGGUGA